UUUAUCUUGCAUAUUUUCCUUUCUGCCGUUUUGUCUGAGACCAUAUUUGGUAUUCCUUCCAGCCUUUUCAUUCUACCGUCUUGUCCCCGCUUUGAUCCUCCUCACCGCCAGCCUCACGAGUAUACAGAAGCGACCGUCAUCACGCUUCUAUUGUGCUUCCUUUAAGCGCAUGGUGCAUUCUUCGGAGUGGGGGAUCUAAAUAGAUCUCCUUGGUGGUUCUGGCAUUCCCUUGUCUCGAAGGCCGCUGUCGCGAAGGGGUGCGCACGGAAAUCAUGUCGUCAAAUUCGGACCUCACGCCUCCGGGGAGCAGCACGUAUGCCUCCAAUACAUUGCAUGUCGGAGAUGGAACAUGGGACUCGGGUCGCGAUACGUUUCUUCUACCCAACUUGAUGGGCGUGAACUUUGAGACUAUGCGAUACAACGGCAUGGGGAACCGGUUCCGAGAUAUGCCCCAGUACCGCACGUUGAUAAUCGCUCAUGGUGUCAUUGCAACAAUCGUGUUCCUCGGUUUGGUGCCCAUAUCCGUCCUAAUCAUACGAUAUUAUUCGCGAUGGAGCCCUUUCUGGGCUUUUAAACUUCAUGUCUGGUUCCAGGUUCUGACACUCUUACUGAGCACUGUGGUCUUUGUCCUCGGAUGGUUUGCUGUCGGGCCUGAGAGAAGUCUCACGAACCCUCAUCAUGGCAUAGGGCUAGCGAUCUACGUCAUGGUUAUUUUCCAGGUAUUAUGGGGGUAUCUCGUGCACAAGAUUGAGAGUAAGCGGAAAAGAUACCAUGUUCCGCUGAAGCUAGUUAUCCAUCGGUGGAUUGGUCGUGCUCUUGCGAUCUUAGGUCUAGUGCAGAUUCCUCUGGGACUCACCCUUUACGGCUCCCCAAAAUCCUUGUUCAUCCUAUACUCAAUAGCUGCUUUCGCACUUCUGGCAACAUUCUUCGUUCUCUCGUACCUGUACGAUUCUGAGGGAUAUCCCACAGGAAGUGAAUAUGACGCUCGGCACAGCUACGUUUCAGGCCCUUCAGGCGUCGAAGAUCGGCGUCAUAGCAGCUUUGGCCGCAUGGCCGCGGCAGGAGCGGCAGGAGCGGGUCUGGCUGAGCUUUUCCGACGCCGUUCACGCCCGAAAGAACGUCACGAAGACUCCCAGAUGUCUUAUUCGGAAGACAAGUACUCCGAAGAGGAGUCACGCCGCGGUGGCUGGGGGAGCAAGCUUCUCAAAAUAGGAGCUAUCGGUGGUGGUGCGCUUCUCGUUAAACGAUUAUUCGACAGAAGGCGCGAUCGAGAUAGUGAUACGGAAUCCGGUCGCUAUAGUCGGGCGCAUACACGAACUGAUAGUAUGACAGAAGCCACAAUGAGUAGGUUGGAGGACGGACGACGGCCAGAACCAAGCUAUCAGACUCCUCUCAAUCGGCCACCAAGCAGACCGCCAAGCAGACCCCCACCAGAGCCACAGCCGUCUCAUGGAGUUCGUAACGCAUUGUUCGGUGCUGGAGCUUUCGCGGCUCUCCGGGGCUCUUUAAGCCAACGGCGCGUGGAGGAGAUGCGCCGUCAUGAUAUAGAAGAGGAGAGAAUCGCUCGAGCAAACAGUAAGCGGCGAUACACAGGAGACGGCUUCUACCCACGAAAGCACAGACGGGCCGAUUCCUACACCGCUACCGAUCUCUCAUCGACUGACAUGACCCGCCCACCGCAUGGGCCUCUGCACGGCGAAUCCGCUAUAUCUGCCGGCCCCGCGACACCUGGACCCGUCGACGUGCCACAUUCCGGUGCCCCUCCUGCCCCGCCAAUUCACCAAGAGCCAAUCUCAGAGAUGCCAACUCCCGUCCAGUCUCGACAUGAGCUGCCGGAGGUGGCCACUGGUCUGGCAGCCGGAGCGGCGGCCAUGGAUGCCUCGUCCAGCCAUCGCCGUCAGCGCAGCACAAGUAGACAGCGGGACGACCAUGUGGAAUCUCCACCUGUGUCAGUCAAAGUGAAGAUGCACAAUGACGGCCGGCACGUCACUCUGAGGAGACUGACCGAGGAAGAAGCCGCCGCCAGUCGUGAAGCACGACGAAGGGAGAGGAGAAAUUCACGUCGUCGCGCCGGAAGCGCGAGUUCUUUAUCGGGAAACGAAGGUAGCUACGAUCGAUGGCGCCGGGUGGAGGAACUCGAGCGUCAGCAGCAGGAACAAAUCCAACGUGAACAGCAGGCGGCCGCGGCUGCAGCCGGUUCUGCUUCUCCUUUGGGAGCUGCUCCUCCCCCAUCAUUUGUCCCGCCCUCGAGUCAGUUUUCUCCCCACCUCCCCCUCAUCGGGUCCCCGGGCACAUUUACCGGCACCGAUGCCAGUGGCGACUAUGCAAACAAUCGCCGCCGAAGACGAGCGGAAAGAGCUCGAGCUCGGCAAGAAAGACAACAAAGUGUUGAUUUCACAUGA